AAGCCGCAGUUCCGGAAAGGAAACGGAAAUGUGGCAACCGCCAUUAUGUUUUACUUUUUGUUGUCAUGGAAAUAAAAAUUAAAGUUAUUAUUUAGAUGUUAUAGGAAACGCAAACGAAUUAAUUUAAUUUAUAAAAGGGAUACUUAAUUGGAUUAUUUUUAGCAAUUCUUCAUUCUUAUGAUAAGUAUACAUAUAGUGUAUCUUAUAAUAUAAUGACUGAUGUGGAAGAAUAUAAUCAGCAAAAGCCUGCGAAAACCAGCAAACAACAUAACAUAUUACCAAUAUGGGGUAAUGAACAGACUAUGAAUCUGAACCCUUUAAUAUUAGCAAAUAUCCAAGGUUCUAGCUACUUCAAAGUUCAUCUGUUCAAGUUGAAGACAUACCAUGAAGUGGUGGACGAGAUCUACUACCAGGUGAAGCAUUUGGAGCCAUGGGAACGUGGCAGCCGCAAGACGGCCGGACAAACUGGCAUGUGUGGCGGCGUACGAGGUGUGGGAGCUGGCGGUAUCGUGUCAACAGCAUUUUGCCUGCUCUACAAGCUGUAUACUCUGAGAUUGACACGCAAGCAGGUCAAUGGCCUUUUGCAACACACCGAUUCCCCAUACAUAAGAGCUCUUGGUUUCAUGUACAUUCGGUACACGCAGCCCCCAGCAGAUCUGUUCGACUGGUAUGCCGACUACUUGGAUGACGAUGAAGAGGUCGAUCCACGCGCAGGUGGUGGUGGCACCACCACCAUCGGUACGCUGGUACGACAGAUGCUAAUCAAGCUCGACUGGUUUAGCACUUUGUUCCCGAGGAUUCCCGUACCUAUACAAAAGCAAAUUGAACAGAGAUUAGCUGAGCAUAACAGACAGACUGCAGCAUCGAAGCCUGCUCCUAACUUUCGCGGUGGGAGCGGCGGCGGCGGCGGUGGCGCUGGCAGUGCAUACAACCCAGGCAGGAUGGAUACAGACCGUCGCGAGCAUGAUGAUAGGGAUAGACGAGACUAUGGCGAGGUAGACAGGUACUCUAAAGAUAAAUCAAAACGAGACGACAGGGAUAGAGAUAGAGACCGAGAGCGGGACAGCUAUCGUGACCGCGAGCGAGACAGACGCGAUCGCGAUCGCGAUCGUGACCGUGAUCGUGAACGCGAACGUGACCGCGACCGCCGCGACCGCUACAGAGAUCGCUCCCGGUCAAAGGACCGACACCGCCGAUCGCGCUCCAAAGACCGCCGCUAUAGAUAAUGUUACGUUAUUUUGUAAUACUUAAGAGGAUGACUAUUAACAGUUGUGUCUGAGAAUUGCAAUAAAUAAGGUAUGAGUAAUGUU